CCUUGCUGCCGAACCGUAUCCUCCUCUUCUACGCCAGGCAAAGCAAUCACGUCUCCCAUAUCCACCGUUCCAAACCCCUCUUCGUUUCCGACGCAAUCACCGAGCACUGAUUCAUCCUAGAGCCCCCGAUCCAGCCAUGGCGAGAUCCCUCCUCCUGCUCGUCCUCCUCAUCACACUCGCCGUCGCCGCCGUCGGCCCCGCCCGCGCGGGCCGGGUGCUGGGCGGGUGGAGCCCGAUCCCGGACAUGGGCGACGCGCGCAUCCAGGAGCUCGGCGGGUGGGCCCUGGCGCAGGCGAAGCAGGAGAGGCUGGCCAGCGACGGGCUGCGGUUCCGCCGCGUGGUGCGCGGCGAGCAGCAGGUGGUGUCCGGGAUGAACUACCGCCUGUACAUCGACGCGGCGGACGCCUCGGGGAGGAGCGCGCCGCCGUACGUGGCCGUCGUGUACGAGCAGGUCUGGACCAACACCCGCCAGCUCACCUCCUUCAAGCCGGCGAUCCGCGGCUACUGAUGAUCCGGCUUCCGCCCGGCCAUCCGACGCCGCGUAUCGGAGCGACCGGCGACGUCAGCGUCCUUUCGUAUACCGGUUAAUUACAUCUAAUACUAUGCGUUUACUAUAAGUGAGUGCGUGUUACUACUCGUUGUUGUGUGAUUAAUCUGUGAGCCUUGUGGACUAGCAUGCACCUGAUCGUGAAUAUGUACUAGUAGUAGUAGAUUAUACUGGUAUGAUAACGUUGUAAUCAACGUUUUGUGUCUUGACUGUGUGUGUGGAGUUAUGGUGAUCGUCUCGUGAGACCGGGGGUCCACGUGCUGCUUAUACUUCAUACCAGGCAUACAUAUCUUGAAGUACCUGGAACAGUAGUAAGGCACGUGAAGCCUCAGGAACCGGAUAUGCUCCUCUAGUGUCAAACAGCUGGAAUAAUUUGGACGUAGGUGUUUCCUUUUUAAUAAAAAUAAAAGUUCCUCAA